CCGCUCCUCUCCUCGCGGCUCCGCCACGCUCGGCGUCCGGCUCCCUCGGGCGGGCCGGCGGGCGGGCCGGCGGGCGGCCAUGAGGCUGCGGGGCCGCGCGCUGCGGGCCGCGCCCGCCCCCGGCGCUCGGGCGGACGCCGCGCCGCGCCUGGCGCCCCCGGGGCGGAACCCCUUCGUGCACGAGCUGCGGCUGAGCGCCCUGCAGAAGGCCCAGGUGGCCAUCAUGACGCUGACGCUGUUCCCCAUCCGGCUCCUGUUCGCUGCCUUCAUGAUGCUGCUGGCGUGGCCCUUGGCACUGGUGGCUUCCCUGGGGCCCGCUGACAAGGAACCGGAGCAGUCCCUGGCCUUGUGGCGGAAGGUUGUGGACUUCCUGCUGAAAGCCAUCAUGCGCACCAUGUGGUUCGCCGGUGGCUUCCACCGCGUGACUGUGAAGGGGCAGCAGGCACUGCCCACCGAAGCCGCCAUCCUGACGCUGGCACCACACUCGUCCUACUUCGAUGCCAUCCCUGUCACCAUGACCAUGUCCUCCAUUGUGAUGAAGGCGGAGAGCAGGAACAUCCCCAUCUGGGGAACCCUGAUACGGUAUAUACGGCCAGUGUUCGUGUCCCGCUCAGACCAGGACUCACGCCGGAAGACUGUGGAGGAGAUCAAGAGGCGGGCACAGUCUAGUGGCACAUGGCCUCAGAUAAUGAUUUUUCCAGAAGGAACCUGUACAAAUAGAACCUGCCUAAUCACCUUCAAACCUGGUGCCUUCAUUCCUGGAGUCCCCGUGCAGCCGGUGGUAUUGCGGUAUCCAAACAAACUGGACACCAUCACGUGGACGUGGCAAGGCCCUGGCGCGUUGGAAAUCCUGUGGCUCACACUGUGCCAGUUUCACAACCAAGUGGAAAUAGAGUUCCUGCCGGUGUACCGCCCUUCCGAGGAGGAGCGGAGGAACCCCUCCCUGUACGCCAGCAACGUGCGGCGCGUCAUGGCCGAGGCCUUGGGCAUCUCGGUGACGGACUACACGUUUGAGGACUGCCAGCUGGCCCUGGCAGAAGGGCAGCUGCGGCUCCCCGCGGACACCUGCCUGUUGGAGUUCGCCAGGCUCGUGCGGGGCCUCGGGCUAAAACCAGAAAAACUUGAAAAAGAUCUGGACAAAUACUCAGAAAGUGCCAGGACGAGGAGCGGGCAGGGAAUCGAUCUGUCCGAGUUUGCGGCGUUCCUGGAGGUCCCCGUCUCUGACACCCUGGCAGACAUGUUCUCGCUGUUCGAUGAGAGUGGAGAUGGCAAGAUGGACCUGCGCGAGUACGUGGUCGCCUUGUCUGUGGUCUGCAGGCCGUCCCGGACGCUGGACACCAUCCAGUUGGCGUUCAAGAUGUAUGGGUCGCCCGAGGACAGCAGCAUAGCCGAGAACGAGCUGUCCCGCAUCCUCAGGACCGCCCUGGGGGUGGCCGAGCUCCGUGUGACUGACCUGUUCCAGGCCAUUGACCGGGAAGAGAAGGGGAAGAUCACAUUUGCCGACUUCAGCAGGUUUGCCGAGACGGCCCCCGACUUCGCGGAGGAGUACCUGUACCCCGACCAGACGCGGCUCGACAGCGGCACGCCCGCCCCGCCCGCGCCCGUCCGCAACGGCUUCUGCGCCGACUUCAGCCCCGACGGCCUUGGCGCGGGGAGCCAGCCUCCCCAUAAGAAGCUGGACUAGGCCGGGCGGCGGACAGAGGGGCCUCCGCACGGCUGCGGGCCGGGCGCCCGGGGCCCCGCUCGCGCUCUGUGCCCGGCGUGGGCAGGGCAGCAGUGGGCGCCCCCUCCCUCCCCCCCCCCUCCCGUGCGGGGUGCCGGGGCUGCCCGGGCCGGCGGGGAGCAGCUGGGCCGCGCCCUCCCUGCAGCGCCCCGGUCCGCGUCCGCGUCCCCUUCUCCGGCGUUCCUCCCGCGUCCGUCCGCGCAGGCCGGCCCCUGACCCCGGGGCGGUCCCCUCGACACCCCGUGGGGGCGCGGCGCGGCGCGGGGCCCUCGCCCGGUUUUUUAAGCAUUUCUAUAUUUGUGUGGGAGCUCAUGAGCAUUUUAUAAACCUCACUUAGGUACUUUGGAAAACAUUCCGCGUUUUUUUAAAAAAAAGAAAAUUGCUUUUCUACUUCAUUUUUCCUGUGAGCGCCAGAGGACGUUUCUUUGUGGAGUGGGGUGGCCCGGCGGGCGCCGGCGGGGGGCCCUCUCUCCCCGUUGGGGGCCGCCAGCCAUUGGGCGUGAAGACCAGCCCCCAGACACCUCUCGUGCUUUCCUUAAGCCUUUGUAAGUCCCUCUCUUUUCUAUAGAUGCGCCCCGCCCGGUAGUUUUGUUCCCUCGGGGGCACGAGCUGAGGUCGGCUUCCCUCGGGGGCCGGCGCCCCGCGUGUCGCCCCUCACAGGGCGCUGAACGCCACGGCCUCUUCCUCUGUGCUCACGGACGAGGCAGCCGCCCUCUGAGCGGGAGGAAUGGCCACGGAUCCGCCCCCGUGGAGGGCGGUGCCCCCGCCAGGGCCAAGAGCCAUGGCUCUGCCAACCGGGGUGUCCAGCCCCUCCUGAGGGAAGGGCAGGGGGUGAGCAGGGCCCGGCCCUGUUAGCUUUGAAGUCACCCGGCUGUGUCAUUGGUGACACAGCUAGAAACCCACCCUUGGAGCACAAAGGUGGCGUGGAUUUGAUUUGUUUCCGUACGAGGCCUACGUUUGGUACUUGGUGUUUUGUUCCUGAGAUGAAUUGGAGUUUCCAUUGGGGCAUUUCUAGAGAACAGAGCCGGUGAGCCCAGGGCACACGUGUGCCAGCCUCCUAGGUGGGUGCCCGGCGUGCGUUCCCCACCGGGGAGAGAACCGGAACCUCAACCCCCCCCCCCAGCACACGCGGCCCGGGACGGCGCCGGAGCCGGCGACCAGCACACACUGCCCGGGACGGCGCCGGAGCCGGCGGCCACGUCGGCCUGGGCCGUGCGCCGUGGACAUCGGAAUGCAGCCUCGUAGCUACUAGUGGGUGAUUUUAUAAUUAGAGAGUGCAUAAAAAUUCAUUUUUUUAAAGAAAAACUGACAAAGGAGCAAUGACGGAGGUAAUAACUAAGAUAUUCGGGGGGCGGGGAACCUCCUUCCCACGGGCCUGUAGAUGAAGGGGGGUUAACGGAACUCCACCUCUGAGACGCAGGCUCUGAAUGGAUGUUUGUCCCUCCUGACUCCCUCUCUCUCCCAGGACCGCCAGUCUGGGCGUCACGACUGUGAAUGUGUAUAGUGGGCACGACGGGGUCCUUGUAAACUAGAGUUUCCGUGGAAUAAACGUAACAUGAAGUCUUGCGUA